UGACCACAAGGGCCAGUUUACCACUCUCUGUCCUGAGAAGCAGCAGCUGCUAAAAAUAGCCACAAAACCCACACGCUUUGAGAAGAACGGCAGGGACAGCACCAUUCUGACCAGGGGCACAAUGAGCUCGCUUCGUUUCAUUUCUGCUGAAGCUUUAGUGUCCUACCCCCAGCUAGUUCAGGAGAACCUGGACAAUAUAGCCUACAACCUCUACCCACUUCUGUUCAAGGCCAGUUACCUGCUAGAGCAGGCAGACGUGACCCGUGCCCUGCUGAGUCACUGGCCGCUGGAGGAGUUCCGGCUGGCUGUGCUACUGAGGCCAAACACUGAUCACCCUGAAGACCUGCGUGAUCGUGCCUGCAAGGCCUGCCUGGAGGCCUGUAUGCAGGGCAUAGCUGACCAUGUGCUGAAAAGUGGGAGCAACCGCCUUCGGGUAGCUGAUUUCACUGGCAUCCAGGAUGUACAGGUGCAGCAAUGUCCUUGUGGGAGGGCACUAGGAAGGUGGGGCCGUACCAAGGUGCUGGCUAGGACCUGCUGCCAGCUCCAAGGACAGCCCUGUACAGCUGGGCACCCCAUUGAAGUCUUUGCUGAUCUCUUUGUCACAGAAGGCAACUUUGACAUGGUGGUACAGGCCCUGAAGCCAUCAGGCCCAGCACCUCUGCAGGUCUGUUGUCCUUCACUCCGGGCAGACAGCCUGAGCCCUGGGCAGCUCCUACAAGUGCUUGGCCUGGCUAGGCCAGGCAACCUUAGAAAGUUGGAGGUAGUACACAAUGUACGGUUGCAUGCUGGCCACGUGCAGCAGCUGCUGACCCAGGUGGGCUUCCCUCAGCUGACCUCACUCACCUUGCCCACCAAGGCCUUCGAUGCUCCCCCAACCUGUGCCCCAAAUCCAGAGGGCGAGGAUCUCCUCCUUACCUCUAUUGCCUGGGAGCUCAGCCAGAUGAACCAGCUCACUGAGCUAAGUGUAGCAUUCUCUACACUGACUGGGAAGAUCCAAACAUUGCUUAGCCCCUUGAAGACCCCACUAAGAGUGUUGGACCUAGCCAACUGUGCCCUUAAUCAUGAAGACAUAUCCUUCUUAGCAGACUGUAACCACACUGCCCACUUGGAGGUGCUGGACCUCAGUGGACACAACCUGGUACAUUUGUACCCUUCUACCUUCUUCAGGCUGCUGAGCCAGGCUGCCCAAACGCUGAGAGUGCUCACCCUAGAGGAGUGCAACAUCACAGACAGCCAUGUUAACAUGAUGAUUCUGGGCCUCAGCCCUUGCAGCCAGCUCCAGCAGUUCAAGUUCCUUGGGAACCCGCUGUCAGGCAGUGCUCUCCGGCGCCUUUUUGCUGCACUCUGCGAACUCCCUCAGCUGCGCCACAUUGAGUUCCCAGUGCCAAAGGACUGCUACCCUGAGGGUGCUGUCUACCCCCAGGAUGAGCUGUCAGUGUCUAAAUUCGACCAACAGAAAUACAACAUGAUUGCAGAGGACCUCCGAGCAGUACUGCUUCGAGCUAACCGGGAGGACAUCCAGGCCUCCACCCCACUUUUUGGAAGUUUUGAUCCAGACAUUCAUGAAACCAGCAAUGAACUCGGUACUUUCUUGCUGCAAGCUUUCAAAGCUGCAUUGGAAAACUUUUCCAGAGCACUAGAACAAAUGGAGUAGGUCCCGGAAUCAUGCUAUAAGAGGCUGUGCGUUUCUGGUAUCCUGAGGUCAGUCUUGGACCAAAAGGUCAGGCUCAACCAUUUGUCACCAGCUGCAACACUACCGUAAAGAUUUCUUUAGAAAAUACUGCAGGCAUACUAAUUACAUGCUCUAAGAGGAAGACAGAUAUAUAAGUGAGGCAUGAGGUGCCCCUGUGUGUUAACACAGCAAGAUCCUAAAGCAGAGGGGAAGCCACCUCAAACCAAGACAAAAGGUGGAGAAUGUGAUCACCAGGGCAAGAUGUAGUGGGAACAGGGACAACCACCUCGCUCUAAUGCUGUGAAGGGGAGAAAUGAGAAAACUCGUCACAGAAAAUGUAUAGAAGCAGCAGGCCAUAAAAAAAAUAGACACUGAAAAUAAAAGUGAACCAGAUCCCUGAGCUAUCAGUUUAGCUAUGUUCUAUCUGCUGUACAUUUUACCAGACGACAUCUGCCUACACAGAAAUGUGGGGGAUGGGGUGAUGAUUGGUUUUCUUUCAGUGGCUGUUUUGGCUUUGUUUCCAAUUGAAGCAGAUUUUUACUGUCUUUUGGUGACUGAGGACAUUUAGUCACUGAAAUAUGCCCAAUGUUUCUUGGCAUCAUUCUGAUCCUGUUUUCUGCUCAGAGUUUAGACCCUAAGACAAGCAUGUCCAACAUGAACAGUAUAUGCAGCCACAUGUGCCAGAGGAUAGCUAUGAAUGUCGCCUAUUACAAAACUGUAAGCUUACUGAAGACACUGAGAUGGUUUUCUUUUGAAAUUUGUUGUGACUCAAGUUUUCAAGAAUUAACUUUGUAGCCGGGCGGUGAUG